GGUGUGAGGGUGUGUGACCAUCAAGGCAAAAAGGUAAGGGGUUGAGUGAGAGGCGUGUGAUGCUAAACGUAGGAAAGGGUGUGAUUUAUCAAUUAUCCCUCUAUACCGAAUCCUUUCAACUGGCGAGUUUGAGUCCUCAUGAAGACAAACAUGUGAAUAUUUAUUUUGUUCGAAAUUUAAAAUAAUAAAUAGAAAUGCUGGUUUUAAAGGUUGAUCUUUGUUGUCAAUAUGUGUUCUUUUUUAAAUAGUUACUGAUUUUGUUUGGUUCCUUUAGUUUUGCAUUUUUGAUUUCUUUUAAGUACUAGGAGAAAUGGAAUUAAGAAUCUUAAAAGCUUUGCCUGUAUAGCUAUGGAAAUGGGCUUGAGUUCUUACAAGCCUAGCCGUAUUUGAAGUGAUCCAUCUGGAAUUUGUUACUUCAGCAGUUCAGCAGGCCUUCUUCAACAAAGUGACUUGGGUCUGAUAGAAUUUACACAAAACUCGACAACCAUGAGUUUUGUUUUCCGAGGGAGCAGAGGGGAUAUUGAAACUGGUUUUACUGGAUAUAUUCCAGAGCGUCGUGCAAUGCGUGUCCAUGCUCGACCUGUGAAUACAAAUUCACUCGCCUUUCUUGUUACAGUUCUCCUGCUUUUCAUGAUAUUAAACUCACACCAAAUGUCACCCAAUUUUCUGCUAUGGCUGGUGCUUGGUGUCUUUUUGAUGGCAACAAGCCUUCGAAUGUAUGCAACUUGUCAACAACUUCAGGCCCAGGCACAGGCACAUGCCGUGGCAGCUAGUGGCUUACUUGGUCACACAGAAUUGAGAUUGCAGAUGCCACCUUCUAUAGCACUUGCAACACGGGGACGGUUACAAGGGCUUAGACUGCAACUUGCUCUUCUUGACAGAGAAUUUGAUGACUUAGAUUAUGAAACUUUAAGAGCGUUGGAUUCGGAUAAUGUUCCAUCGGCUACUUCAAUGAGUGAGGAAGAAGUAAAUUCUCUUCCCGUUCACAAAUACAAGCUUGCGGACUCUAAAAGUUGUAAUAACAGCAAGGGAUCAUUAGUGGAAAAUGCUUCAUCAUCAGCCUCACCCGAGAAGGUUGACUCUGCUAGUAAGGUGGGUGCGAGCUUGAAAUCCUCUGAAGAUGAUCUCACUUGUAGCGUUUGCUUAGAAACGGUUAAUGUAGGAGAACUAGUUCGAUCCUUGCCAUGCUUACAUCAGUUCCAUGCUGAAUGUAUAGAUCCGUGGCUGCGCCAGCAGGGGACUUGUCCAGUUUGCAAGUUUAGAGUUGGAUCUGCAUGGCAUGCUGAUGAUGAUGGCGAAGAAGAGGAAAUGGAUGAGUCUUUCAUGGGCUAACUUACAUGUAGCUUAGUUUCUUUAGCUUUAGUUGGAUCUGCGUUGUUUUAGAAAACAUGUAACACAAACAUUAACAGAUAUUGGAAAUUUAAAUCAUCUGUCUAACGUAACAAAAGCUUUCAAUAA